AUACGCGUCUCGGGGGACACCUGGCCGAGCAGGAUCUGGCCGUAGCUGAGUAGCCUCCGAGCUGAGUGCAGGCGGGCAGUCAAAUCAGGCAGGGAGAAGAAGCCAGGCCCUCGGUUUUGAAUCUCUUGCAAGAUCCAUUAUUCCUUGUCUGGCCUUCAGGUGCUUUGGAAAAUAGCGUGACCCCCCCCCUCUCUGGGGCAGCCCCUCAAAUAUUGGAAGCCGGCUAUCCUGUCUCCCCUGGUCCUUCUCUCCACCAGACUGGCCAUGCCCAGUUCCUGCCACCGUCAGGCUCCUCCAGACGCAGGGACGGAGACCCCCACGUCCUUCCUUAUACGGAAAAGCGAGGCAACCGGCGUAGCCCCGCCGCAGGAGAUGCUGCGUUGGCAGAAAGAAAAUCUCCAGUUUUGUCCAGCAUCCUCGGAUUACACCUGGGUCCCCAGUGCCAGGAUUGCCAGGGGGCGGGGCCACACCGAUCUGACGUCACACCCAAAAAAAAAGGGGAGGGGAGGAAGAAGUGAAAGUGGCCGGUACGGGCAUGCGCGAAGGAAGGGAAGCGAUCCUAGCCCUGGAUCGGCAACCUUUCUGCGGCGCAGCCUUCGCGCAAGCCGAGUCCUUUUUUUUUCCCCGCAGGGCGAGGAUGAUCGUCCGCCCGGGAUCCGUGAUCGACCCGGAUUGGCACGGCACGGAGGAAGGCAGAGCUUACUCGGGCUCGCUCUUGCGCCGGACGCAGCGCCGAACCUUCGGACUGAUCGAGAGGCCGGUGCUGGCUCCACAUGCGGCUGCCGACAUAGCCGGUUACAAGGUCUUCGUCUCGGGCAAAAGCGGCGUGGGAAAAACCGCUUUGGUGGCCAAGCUGGCCGGUCUGGAGGUGCCCCUGGUGCAUCACGAGACCACAGGGAUUCAGACCAGCCUCGUCUACUGGCCGGCAAAACUGCGAGAGAGCGGCAGAGUGCUCUUUUUCAGAUUCUCCUUCUGGGACUGCGGCGAAGCCGUGCUGAGAAAAUUUGACCACGUUUUACCCGCCUGCAGAGAGAAAGCGGACGCCGUCCUCUUCUUGUUCUCCUUCACGGAUCGCGCGUCCUUUCUCGACCUCCCUCACCAAAUCUCUCGCGUGACGGACGGAGCCAGGGACGUGGUCCGAAUGGUUGUGGGCACCAAGUUUGACCAGUUUGCCCACACGGAUGUGACGGAAUCGGACAUGGCGGCUUUCUCCCACACCUGGGGUUUGCCGAUCUUGCGGACAAAGAACGUCGGCGAGCAGCCCUCGGAUGGAUACGCUGGCCUAGCUGAGGUGGCCCGACUCUUGAACAGGCUCGCCGAACAUCUCUGGAGGCAGGACCAGGUGGCGGCCGGCCUAGUCUCUGGAGGGGAGAGCCCUGUGGUCCCAGAAGCGCUGGCUCCCUGAAAUCCUGAUUCUGCCGCAUGGGUUUUCUUUCAGCGGAACUCCUUGAUAGCUCCUUAAUGGCCUUUAAACUCCAAUCUUUGCAUCAGAAUCUUUGUAUCUCUGCUUUGCUGGCAGGGAAGCCCCUUGGGCCGAAUUCUGGGUUCCCUCGGUGGUAAAAAUGCAUUAAGGAGGCAGAGGGGACAGAAGGCAGCCUGGGAGGGCAAGGCCUCCACGGAUCCAACUUGUGAGCUUCCCAAGAGUUAUUUGCAGGUUCGUGACGGAUUCUCUUGCCAGGUAAGAGCAAAUUGGAUCUCACCUACUUGGAAACGACGGUGGCUUCUCUGCCCUGAAUUCUCUCCGGCCAACAGAUGCCCCAAGAAAAAAAACCCACCUCUUGUCUCAAGUCAUCCUAAGCAAGUCAACAUUCAACACAGGUGGUUGUUAUUUUUUUAAAUUGUUUUUACAAUUAAACGUUUACAUCUUUUAAACCUGAGUUACACUUUUACAGCUUUCCAAUACCGGCAUUUUUAGUAAUAUCCAAUUGAUCUUUCAGCCGACUAUAUACAUACACAUUUUGUUUGUUACAUACUUAUUCAUAUAAUCAAUACAUUUUAUAUGCAUACCUACUACACGUUAAAUGUAACAUUUCAUUAUAAUAUCUUCUCUUUUGUUAUACACCAUCCAUUAAUUUUAGAUUCCUUUUCCAGCCAAUCAUACCAUCUGUUCCAUGUUUUAUAAUAAAUCGUUUGCUUACAAUCCUGCUUACCAUCUUUUUGGACUGUUGCCUUCUGGCAGAAGAUACAGAACAAUUAAAACUCGGACCGCACGUCUUCUGAAUAGUUUUUAUCCCAGAGCUAUAAUUGCACUCAACAAUGAACUAAAGGGCCACCAUCAGUGAGCUGUUGGAGAGUAUUAUUUAGUCUGUUGUGUGGAUGUUUGGAUGGUUUUAGGGGUGGGGAAUUUGUGGUGGGUGGGAGUGUGUUUGGGGAUUGUUAUGUGUGUUGGACUUGGUCUUUGGGUGUUAAGCGAAUUUCGUUGUAUGGGUAUACUGUGUAUACACGGACAAUGACAAUGAAGUUUUUUUUUAAAGUUUUUUAUUUUUAUUGCUCAUAAACACAUUUACAUGUAUAGUCAUUUCCAUUUGGGAUAGUUUCUCGGGCUCCUGCCUCAGCAACGAAUAAAAACAGCAGAUUUGC